CGAGGCUGGGCGCUGUCAGUUCCUGAUCCGGCGGUGCCCGUUCCCGCCGCUGCAGAUUCCACAGGAGACAAGCUGUCCCCGCGCCGCGGGCUCCAGGGCUGCGCUCGCGAGUCCACGGAAGGACUGUGCUGUCUGGCCCGCGGAGCCUUUCCCCCCCGCAGCCCCUCCGCGGGCAGCCGAGAGGGAGGGCCGUGCGCAGCGGGAUGGCAGCGGCCGCGCGGGCUCCGGGCUGGGUACGGCGGCCAGCCCCGCAGCUGCUCCUCCUUCUGCCCGCUGUGUGCGCGGCCGCUCGGGGACUCUCGGCCGCGGCCGGGCUCAGCCUGCACCCACCCUACUUUAACCUGGCCGAGGCGGCGAGGAUUUGGGCCACCGCCACCUGCGGGGAGCCAGAGCCCGGAGGCACACGGCUCCGGCCCGAACUCUACUGCAAGUUGGUAGGGGGGCCCACCGCCCCGGGCGGAGGCCACACUAUCCAGGGGCAGUUCUGUGACUACUGCAAUUCUGAGGACCCCAGGAAAGCACAUCCAGCCACCAAUGCAAUCGAUGGGUCUGAACGCUGGUGGCAGAGCCCGCCCCUCUCCUCAGGCACACGGUACAACCAAGUCAACAUCACCUUGGAUCUAGGGCAGCUUUUCCAUGUGGCCUAUAUUUUAAUCAAGUUUGCAAAUUCUCCUCGUCCUGAUCUUUGGGUCUUGGAAAGAUCUCUAGACUUUGGGAGCACCUACUCACCUUGGCAGUAUUUUGCUCAUUCUAAAAGAGACUGUUGGGAACAAUUUGGGCAGGCGGCAAAUAUGGCUGUCGCCCGAGAUGAUGAUGUGCUUUGCACCACUGAAUACUCCCGGAUUAUACCUUUGGAAAAUGGUGAGGUUGUGGUAUCCUUGAUAAACGGCCGUCCUGGUGCGAAAAAUUUUACUUUCUCCCACACUCUGAGGGACUUCACCAAGGCCACAAACAUACGCUUGCGUUUCCUCCGAACCAACACCCUUCUCGGACACCUCAUCUCCAAAGCACAGCGAGACCCAACUGUCACUCGGAGGUAUUAUUACAGCAUAAAGGACAUCAGCAUCGGUGGGCGGUGUGCUUGCAAUGGCCAUGCUGAAGUGUGCAAUGCAAACAAUCCUGAAAAACUGUUUCGGUGUGAGUGCCAACACCACACCUGCGGGGAGACCUGUGAUCACUGCUGCGCUGGGUACAGUCAGCGGCACUGGCAGCCUGCCACGUGGGAGCAGAGCAAUGAGUGUGAAGCAUGCAACUGCCAUGGCCACGCCAUCAACUGUUACUACGAUGCAGAAGUUGAGAAGCAGCAGGCAAGCUUGAAUACCCAAGGCAUCUAUGCAGGUGGAGGUGUAUGCAUAAAUUGUCAGCAUAACACGGCUGGUAUAAACUGUGAAAAGUGUGCUAAGGGUUAUUACCGCCCUCAUGGCAUUCCAGUCGAUGCCCCCCACGGCUGCAUCCCUUGCAGCUGUAACCCUGAGCAUGCGGAUGACUGUGAGCAGGGCUCGGGCCGCUGUACCUGCAAGCCAAAUUUCCACGGAGACAACUGUGAGAAGUGUGCUGUCGGAUACUAUAAUUUCCCUUUUUGCAUGAGAAUUCCCAUUUUUCCUGUCUCUACUCCAAGUCCAGAAGAUCCAAUAGCUGGAGAUAUAAGAGGGUGUGAUUGUAACUUGGAAGGAGUUCUGCCCGAAAUAUGUGAUGACCGUGGAAGAUGCUUGUGCCGCCCUGGGGUUGAGGGCCCUCAGUGUGAUGCCUGUCGCUUGGGUUUCUACUCAUUCCCUAUUUGCCAAGCCUGCCAGUGUUCAGCCCUUGGCUCCUACCGGAUGCCCUGCAACCCAGUGACUGGACAGUGCGAAUGCAAGCCGGGGAUCACAGGACGGCAGUGUGACAGGUGUCUCUCAGGAGCCUAUGAUUUUCCCCACUGCCAAGGCUCCAGCAGUUCCUGCGACCUAGCCGGUACCCUUGAUUCCAGUUUGGGGUAUUGCCAGUGCAAGCUUCAUGUUGAAAGUCCUACCUGCAAUAUCUGUAAGCCAUUAUAUUGGAAUCUGGCCAAAGAAAACCCCACCGGAUGUUCAGAAUGCCAGUGCCAUGUGGCGGGAACAGUGAGCGGAAUCGGAGAGUGUGGGCAGCGAGAUGGUGACUGUCACUGCAAGUCCCAUGUUGGUGGUGAUUCCUGUGACACAUGCGAAGACGGAUAUUUUGCUUUGGACAAGAGCAAUUACUUUGGAUGUCAAGGGUGUCAGUGUGACAUUGGUGGGGCAGUCUCCCCCAUGUGCAGCAGACCCUCUGGAGUGUGCCAGUGCCAAGAACACAUCGUGGGCAUGGCAUGCCAGCGACCUGAAAACAACUACUAUUUUCCGGAUUUGCAUCACAUGAAGUAUGAGAUUGAAGAGGGCACUACACCUAAUGGGAGAGAGCUUCGAUUCGGCUACGAUGCCCUGGAGUUUCCUGAGUUUAGCUGGCGGGGAUAUGCCCAGAUGACCUCUCUACAGAAUGAAGUAAGGAUCACGAUGAAUGUGGGGAAGUCCAGUCUCUCUUCGUUUCGUGUUAUUUUGAGAUACUUUAACCCUGGGACUGAAGCGGUAGCUGGCCAUCUAACUAUUUACCCAUCCUGGGCUCAGACAGGUGUUGCUCAAAGCAAAGAGAUUAUCUUCCUGCCAAGUAAGGAUCCAGCCUUUGUCACUGUCCCUGGAAAUGGUUUUGCAGAUUCAUUUUCACUGGAACCAGGGACAUGGAUUGCUUGUAUUAAGGCAGAGGGAGUCCUCCUGGACUACCUGGUGCUGCUCCCCAGAGACUACUAUGAGGCCUCUGCGCUGCAGCUGCCCGUCAGAGAGCCAUGUGCCCACGCAGGACCUCCCCACGAGAAUUGCUUGCUCUACCAGCAUUUGCCAGUGACCCGAUUCCCCUGUGCCCUGGCUUGUGAGGCCAGACAUUUCCUGCUUGAUGGGGAGCCAAGACCCUUGGCAGUGAGGCAGCCCACCCCCGCACACCCAGUCAUGGCGGACCUCAGCGGGAGAGAGGUGGAACUGCACCUGCAGCUGCGGGUCUCACAGGUCAGCCACUAUGUGGUUGUGGUCGAGUAUUUUAUGGAAGCGGACCAGCUGUCUGUGGUUGAUGUGCAUGUGGAGAGCCCUGGGUCUGUCCUGGAUGGCCAGGUGAACAUCUACAGCUGCAACUACAGCGUCCUCUGCCGGAGCACAGUGACUGACGGCAGGAGCCGCAUCGCCAUUCUUGAGCUGUUAGCAGAUGCAGACAUUCGGCUCAAAGCACGCCUGGCCCACUUCUUUCUGCAUCAAAUUUGUAUCAUACCCAUUGAAGAAUUCUCAACUGAAUAUUUAAAACCUCAAGUAAAAUGCAUUGCCAGUUAUGGGCCAUUUGUUAAUCAAAGGGCUGCUUGCCUCUCUCUGUCCCCCAAAACUCCUCCAGCAGCAUUGAUUUUGGAUGUCCCACGCAAUGGAUUUCCCCCUCUCCUGCCCCAGGAUCCUUCACCUUCUGCUGGUGUUGUUACUGGUGUCACCUUGAAGGCACCUCAGAACCAAGUGACUCUGAGAGGACUCAUGCCACGUCGGGGCCGAUAUGUCAUCGUAGUCCAUUUUUAUCAACCAGUGCACCCAACGUUUUCUGCACAGGUGUCUGUGGACAGAGGACAGCUGCGGCCAGGUGUCUUCCGUGCCUCUUUUUGCCCCCAUGUGCUUGGCUGCCAGGACCAAGUGAUUGCUGAAGACCAGGUUGAGUUUGACAUCUCGGAGCCUGAGGUGGUUGUGACUGUGAAGGUUCCAGAAGGAAAGUCCUUAGUAUUGGUCCGUGUUCUACUGGUGCCUGCAGAGAAUUAUGAUUACCAGAUACUUCACAAAAACUCAGUGGACAAGUCAUUUGAGUUUAUCACCAACUGUGGAGGAAAUAGUUUUUAUAUUGACCCCCAGACAGCCUCUGGAUUCUGUAAGGACUCUGCCAGGUCCCUGGUGGCCCUUUACCACAAGGGUGCCAUGCCCUGUGAGUGCCACCCCACAGGGGCCCUUGGCCAUCACUGCAGCCCAGAGGGUGGGCAGUGCCCAUGCCGGCCCGGCGUCAUUGGUCAGCAGUGUACCCGCUGUCAAACCGGCUACUACGGAUUCCCGCACUGCAAGCCAUGCAACUGUGGCCGGCGCCUUUGUGAGGAGAUGACAGGGAAGUGCCUGUGCCCGCCCCGCACGGUCAGGCCCCAGUGUGAGGUGUGUGAUGCACACUCCUUCAGCUUCCACCCCCUGGCUGGCUGCGAAGGCUGCAACUGCUCCAGGAGGGGCACUGCUGCUGGGGUUGGCUCCCCAGAGUGCACCCGGGACCAUGGGCAGUGCAGGUGCAAGCCCAGAAUCACAGGGCGGCAGUGUGACCGAUGUAUGUCCGGGUUUUACCACUUCCCUGAGUGCAUGCCCUGCCACUGCAACAGAGAUGGGACAAAGCCAGGAGUCUGUGACCCAGAGACCGGGGCUUGCCUCUGCAAGGAGAAUGUGGCAGGUGCAGAAUGUAAUGUGUGUCGAGAAGGCUCAUUCUACCUGGACCCAGCAAAUCCCAAGGGCUGUACCAGCUGCUUUUGUUUUGGAAUAAAUAAUCACUGUCACAGUACACAUAAAAGAAGAGCUAAGUUUGUGGAUAUGAUGGGCUGGCGCCUGGAGACGGCAGAUGGAACAGACAUCCCUGUGUCCUUCAACCCUGGCAGCAGCAGCGUGGUUGCUGACCUCCAGGAGCUGCCCUCAACCGUUCACAGUGCAACCUGGGUAGCCCCUCCUUCCUACCUGGGGGACAAGGUUUCCUCAUAUGGUGGCUACCUCACCUACCAAAUCAAGUCCUUCGGCCUACCUGGUGAUAUGGUUCUUCUGGAAAAGCAGCCGGAUGUGCGGCUCAGCGGUCAGCGCAUGUCCAUCAUCCAUGAGGAGCCGAGUGGCCCCCGGCCAGACCGGCUGCAUCACGGCCGGGUGCAGGUGGUGGAGGGGAACUUCAGACACGCCAGCAGUGGUGCCCCGGUGGCUCGGGAGGAGCUGAUGACGGUGCUGUCUAGACUGGAGGACAUGCGCCUGCGGGGCCUCUACUUCACAGAGACGCAGCGGCUCACCCUGAGUGGGGUGGGGCUGGAGGAGGCCUCAGACAUGGGGAGUGGACGCAGAGCACAUCGUGUAGAGACGUGUGCCUGCCCCCCCGACUACACUGGUGACUCAUGUCAGGGUUGUAGCCCUGGAUACUAUCGGGAUAACAAAGGCGUGUAUACUGGACGGUGUGUUCCCUGCAAUUGCAACGGACAUUCCAAUCGAUGCCAGGAUGGCUCUGGAAUAUGUAUUAAUUGCCAGCAUAACACUGCGGGGGAACACUGUGAGCGCUGCAAAGAAGGUUACUAUGGGAAUGCCAUCCAGGGGUCCUGCAGCGUCUGCCCAUGUCCUCAUUCAAACAGUUUUGCCACCGGCUGUGUUGUGACUGGGAGAAGUGUGCAGUGUUCCUGUAAACCUGGAUACACAGGAGCCCAGUGUGAAAGGUGUGCACCAGGAUAUUUCGGGAAUCCCCAGAAAUUUGGAGGUAGCUGCCAGCCAUGCAAUUGUAAUAACAAUGGUCAUUUGGGAAGUUGUGACCCCCUGACUGGAGACUGCAUAAACCAGGAACCCAAAGAUAGCGGCCCUGGAGAAGAAUGUGAUGAUUGUGACAGCUGUGUUAUGACACUCUUGAAUGACCUGGCCACCAUGGGCAACGAGCUCCGCCAAAUCAAGUCUCAGCUGCAGGGCCUGAGUGUCAGUGCGGACACUCUAGAACAGAUGGGGCACUUGGAGACCCAGACCAAGGACCUGAGAAAUCAGCUGCUCAGCUACCGUUCUGCCAUUUCAAAUCAGGGCUCAAAAAUGGUUGGCCUAGAAAAAGAACUGAGUAAUUUGAAUCGUGAAUUUGACACUUUGCAAGAAAAGGUUCAAAUGAAUUCCAGAAAAGUACAAACAUUGUAUGACAACGUUGAUUUGACAACGCAGAGCGCAAAAGAGCUGGACACAAAGAUUAAAAAUGUCAUGCGAAACGUUCACAUUCUCUUGAGGCAGAUCUCUGGGACAGAUGGAGGAGGGAACAACUUGCCUUCUGGUGAUCUUCCCAGGAAGUUGGCUGAAGCAGAGCGCAUGAUCAGGGAACUGCGGAACCGCGACUUCGGAAAGCACCUGAGAGAAGCAGAAGCUGAAAAAAGAGAAGCUCAGCUCUUGCUGAAUCGGAUCAGGAGCUGGCUGGAAACCCACCAGAUGGAGAGCAAUGGACUUGUGAAGAGCAUACAGGAUUCUUUAAAUGACUAUGAAGCCAAACUCACUGACCUUCGUACUGCACUGCAGGACGCAACUGCCCAGGCAAAGAAGGCCACUGACCUCAACCAAGACAAUGAAAGGACUUUGGAAUCCCUCAAGAGACAAGUUAAAGACAUGAAUUCCCUGCAGAGUGAUUUCACCAAGUCUCUAGCCACUGCAGACUCUUCCUUACAGCAAACCAAUGUUUUGCUGCAGCUGAUGGAGAAAAGCCAGGAGGAAUAUAAGAAAUUAGCUGCCACUGUACAUGAAGUAAGACGCGAACUAAAUGACAAAGUGACAGAACUCUCCAAAUCCACCAACAAAGUGUCGCUGGUGGCAGAGGCAGAGGAGCAUGCGCAGUCCUUACAGGAGCUGGCAAAGCAGCUGGAGGAGAUCAAGAGGAACGUCAGUGCUGAUGAGCUGGUGCGCCGCGCUGUGGAUGCAGCCAUGGCCUAUGACAACAUCCUCAACGCCAUCAAAGCGGCCGAGGAUGCUGCUGACAAGGCCAGCAGUGCAUCUGAGUCUGCCUACCAGACAGUGAUAAAGGAAAAUCUUCUAAGAAAAGCUAAAACCCUGAGUUCUGACAGUGAUAAACUUUUAAAUGAAGCCAAGAUAACACAGAAGAAGCUACAACAAGAAAUCAGUCCAGCUCUGAACAAGCUACAGCAAACUCUGAAAAUUAUGACCAUUCAGAAAGGGGUGAUAGACACCAAUAUUACUACCAUCCGUGAUGAUCUUCGUGGGAUAGAGAGAGAUGAUAUCAGUGGUAUGAUCGAUAAUGCAAGGAACAUGGUCAGAAAUGCCAAUGACAUCACAGAUGAGGUUCUGGAUGGGCUCAACCCCAUUCAGACAGAUGUGGAAAGAAUUAAGGAGACCUAUGGGAGAACACAGAGCGAAGACUUCAACAAGGCUCUCACGGAUGCGGAUAACUCAGUAAAGAGAUUAACCAACAAGCUGCCUGAUCUUUUGAGCAAGAUUGAAAGUAUCAACCAACAGCUGUUGCCACUGGGCAACAUCUCCGAUAACGUGGACCGCAUCCGAGAGCUCAUUCAGCAGGCCAGAGAUGCCGCGAACAAGGUCGCUGUCCCCAUGAGAUUCAAUGGUAAAUCUGGUGUCGAAGUCCGGCUGCCCAAUGACUUGGAAGAUUUGAAAGGCUACACAUCUCUUUCUUUGUUUCUCCAAAGACCUCAGUCAGGAGAAAAUGGAAGGACUGAAAAUAUGUUUGUGAUGUACCUUGGAAAUAAAGAUGCCUCUAGGGACUACAUCGGCAUGGCAGUCGAAAAUGGCCAGCUCAGGUGUAUCUACAACCUGGGAGAACGUGAAGCUGAACUACAGGUGGACCAGAUCUUGACCAAGAGUGAAACUCAGGAGGCAAUUAUGGACCGGGUGAAAUUUCAGAGAAUUUAUCAGUUUGCAACACUUAAUUACACCUCCCAAGCCACGUCCAAUAAACCAGCUAAACCUCGAUUCCAUGACAUGGAAAGUGGAAGUAGCAACACACUCCUCAAUUUGGAUCCUGAAAAUGUUGUAUUUUAUGUUGGAGGUUACCCACCUGACUUUACACCUCCUGCAAGCAUUAGAUUCCCUCUGUACAGAGGUUGUAUUGAAUUAGAUGACCUCAAUGAAAAUGUUCUGAGCUUGUACAACUUCAGAAAAACUUUCAAUCUCAAUACAACUGAAGUGGAGCCUUGUAGAAGGAGAAAGGAAGAAUCAGACAGAAAUUAUUUUGAAGGUACAGGCUAUGCUCGAGUUCCAACUCUACCAAACGCCCACUUUCCAACCUUUGGACAGACGAUUCAGACCACUGUGGAUAGAGGUUUGCUGUUCUUUGCAGAAAACCAGGAUCACUUCCUCUCUCUAAAUGUAGAAGAAGGUCGUCUCCUGGUGCAACACAAACUGAAUUCAGAGCCACCAAAGGAAAGUGGAGUUGGAGACAUCAUAAACGAUGGGAAUGAUCAUUCGAUUCAGAUCCGAAUUGGAAACGCCCACAAAAGUAUGCGGAUAAGUGUGAAUUCUAAACAUGUUACAAUUAACAGCAAAAUAUUUCAUUUUGACACAUAUUAUCUAGGAGGAAUUCCACUUUCAAUCAGGGAAAGGUUCAACAUUUCUACACCUGCUUUCCGAGGCUGCAUGAAGAAUCUGAAGAAAACCAGUGGCGUAGUGAGGUUGAAUGAUACUGUGGGAGUAACAAAGAAGUGCUCAGAAGACUGGGAGCUCGUGCGGUCUGCCUCAUUCUCCAGGGGAGGACAAUUGAGUUUCACCUAUGCAGACUCUUCAUUGCCCAGCCAGUUCCAGACCUCCUUUGGGUUUCAGACCUUUCAACCCAGCGGCACAUUAUUAAGUCAUCUGGCAGGGAUGAGCAGCCUCCACAUCACCCUGGAGGACGGUCACAUCGAACUCAGCACCAGGGACAGCAGCGGCCCAAUUUUAAGAUCUCCACAGACAUACAUGGACGGUUUACUGCACUUCGUAUCUGUUAUAAUGGACAACUCUGGACUCCGGCUUCUCAUUGAUGACCAGCUUCUGAAAAGCAACCAAAGGCUACAAGGCUCUUCAAGUUCCCAGCACUCUCUGCGUCUGGGCGGGAAUAAUUUUGAGGGCUGUAUCAGCAACGUUUUUUUCCUAAGGUUAUCACAGCGUCCUGAAGUCCUAGAUUUGACCACUAAAUCUAUCCAGAAAGAUGUGUCCCUGGGAGGCUGCAGCUUAAACAAACCACCUUUUCUAAUGUUGCUUGAAGGUUCUACAAAGUUUAACAGAGCCAUGACUUUCAAUAUCAACAAGCCAAUGCAGGACACACCAGCGGCCUCCCCAAGGAGCAUGCAGCUGUGGCAGAAUGCUCAGUCUUGCCCAUCACCUCCCUGGACCCAUGCCAGUCAUGGAGCCCUCAGGUUUGGGGACAGUCCCACCAGCCACUUGAUAUUCAUGCUUCCCCAGGAGUUGCUAAAACCAAGGCCACAGUUUGCUGUGGACAUGAAGACGACAUCCUCCAGAGGGCUUGUGUUUUACACGGGCACCAAGAACUCCUUUCUGGCUCUUUAUCUCUCAAAGGGACGGCUGGUCCUUGCUUUGGGAGUAGAAGAGAAAAAGCUGAGGCUCAAAAGCAAAAAGAAGUGCAACGACGGGAAGUGGCACACGGUGGCCUUCGGGCAAGAUGGAGAGAAGUGGCGCUUUGUUGUAGAUGGUCUGAGGGCCUGGGAGGCGAGUUGGCCUGGAAAUUCCACCUUCAGCCUCAGCACACCAAUUUACCUGGGAUCGUCUCCUUCAGGGAAACCGAAGAGUCUUCCCCGAAAGAACUUUGUGGGAUGCCUAAGGAACUUUCAGUUGGAUUCAAAACCACUAGACACCCCCUCUGAAAGCUUUGGGGUGUCUCCCUGCUUGACUGACUCUUUGGAGAAAGGCAUUUAUUUCUCCCAAGAAGAGGGUCACAUCAAACUAGCUAACUCCGUGUUGUUGGGGCCAGAAUUUAAGCUCCUUUUCAGCAUUCGUCCAAGAAGUCUUACUGGAAUGCUAAUACAUGUCGGCAGUCAACCCGGGAGGCACCUAUGUGUUUACAUGGAGGCAGGGAAGGUCAUGGCCUCCGUGGACAGUGAGGCGGGUGGCAUCUUGACAUCGGUCACACCAAAGCAGUCUCUGUGUGAUGGACAGUGGCAUUCAGUGUCAGUCACCAUAAAGCAACACAUCCUGCAGCUGGAGCUGGAUGCAGACAAUAACUACACGGCUGGACAGCUCCCCUUCCCACCUGCCAGCACUCAGGAGCCACUGUACAUAGGAGGUGUCCCAGCCAAUUUGAAGACCCUGAAGCUCCCUGUCUGGAAAUCAUUUUUCGGCUGCCUAAAGAAUAUUCAAGUCAACCACAUCCCCAUCCCUGUCACUGAAGCUGUGGAAGUUCAGGGGACUGUGAAUCUGAAUGGCUGUCCCAACCACUGACUCAAACCAGUUAUACAGUGAGGAAAUUCACCUUGAAAGGCACUGAUUCCCAACACACCUCCCUCUCCCUGCUCAAGGUCAUUCUUGACUUAAGACACCAUGAGGGUGGAUUUAAUAGCAAAUCCAGUUUUGAACUUUGACCACCCAUAACCAUCAUUUUGGCAUUCAUUGCAACAUCUGUGUUUUAUAUAAAAAUCCCAUUUCUUGACAAUGAACAAAUUGUUAUAUGCUUUUGGUAAUAUUAUUUUUCACUAAAAAUGAAAUGUCUUUUAAAGAACAUUAUUUUCCACUGGUUAAAAAUAAAUAUCUUUUAAAGCACUUUAAAAAUACAAAAAUUUUAUAUCUGUUAAGGGGUUAUAAUUUAUGAGGUUAAAUUAAUGCAGUGUACUCUUUAAUUUAUGAUGUUUUAUUAACAUAAAGCCAGUGACUUGAUGGUCUUUGUUAAUCAUGAUAAUUCUUCGGCACCUGUUCAAUGUACAUGUGCCCCCUGCAACACAGUUUUCUACGAAUAACUAUUGAGCAUAUACUGGUAGGUAGUGUGUGUGCUUGGUGUUGGGUCUAUAGUCAGGUAUAAGAAGUAAUUCCUGCCCUGAAGGCAUAUGCAGUCCAAG